AUACUUUGUUCUGUGGUUGUGUUUGAAGCUUUGAUGAUCUAUUGGUUCUUCCCGUUUUGGAACCUCUUGUUCAAGGCGUAUAUAUGUUGCCAUAAUUGAGUCUGGAUUGGAUUUCUUGAUUGAGUUCUAGAAGGCUAUGGAUUCUGUGCAGUGUGAUGAGGCUGCUCCUUUAAUUGUUGGUGUUGAAGAUGGUUCUUCAUUUAAGUUGAAUUCUCCCAAAAACCAUGCUAGAGAUGUUCAUAUUCUUAGCAUUGCGUUCUUGUUCAUCUUCUCAGCUUAUCAUGCUUGCCAAAACCUUGAAAGCACGAUCAACAAGGAGGGUGGCCUGGGAUCGACUUCAAUGGGGAUUCUGUAUGUCUCUUUCACUUUGUUCUCACUUGUGGCAUCCCCGAUUGUCAGAAGGCUCGGAUUGAAGAAUUCAUUGUUACUUGGUUCUACUGGAUACUUCUUGUUUAUAGCAUCCAACUUGAUUCCCUCGUGGUACACAAUGGUGCCAGCUUCUGUGUAUUUUGGUUUUACUGCAUCAAUACUGUGGGUUGGCCAGGGAACUUAUCUCACAUCCACAGCACGGAGCCAUGCGAGAGACCAUCAUCUCCAUGAAGGCACAAUUAUUGGCAACUUUAAUGGAGAAUUUUGGAGUUUUUUUGCUAGUACCCAGGUUACUGGUAAUUUGCUUACACUUGCUUUAUUGAGAAAUGACACGGAGGACAAGGUCGCUGGCACUGGCUUAUUGUUUACUGUCUUCCUUAUCUGUAUGGUUUUGGGCAUUGUACUAUUAUUCUUCAUUUCUACAAGAAAAUACAAAGAUGAGGCUACAGCGAGACAUCCUUCUUUAAGAUCCAUAUUGGAGUCUGUUUUUGCCCCUAUGUUGGAAAUACGGAUGCUAUUGAUUAUUCCACUUUUUGCAUAUUCUGGUUUGCAUCAAGCUUUUGUAUGGGCUGAAUAUACAAAACAUGUUGUGACACCAGCACUUGGUGUGUCAGGCGUAGGUGGCGCAAUGGCUCUGUAUGGUGCUGCUGAUGCAAUUUGUUCUCUGGUGUCUGGUCGGCUUACCUCCGAUAUCUCUUCUGUCACUGUAAUUGUACUUUGUGGAGCAUUUCCUCAAAUCUUAGUCCUCCUUUGGCUUCUUUUUGGCUAUAGUGUAACCGCUGGAGCACUUGAUUCGGUAUAUGCACUUCUUAUAGCUGUCAUAUGGGGUGUAGGCAAUGGGGUCAUCAUCACACAACUAAAUGCUUUACUUGGUAUCCUUUCCAAGCAUGAAAAGGGACUUGAUCUGGAAUCAGCAUUUGGACAAAUGAAGGUUUGGCAAAGUGCCGCAAUUGCCGUUGUGUUCUUCUUGAGUCCUUACAUAUCAUUCCAAGCCAUGCUGAUAGUCAUGCUCGUGGCGCUCUGCAUAGCACUCGCGGGCUUCUUGUAUCUUACCCUGUGUGUUGUUGAGAAGCCCAUCCCUCCCCGCCCUUUAUGAUUCAUCACAAUUGUAGUUUUGACUUGAUCUUUCUCUUGCUAAGCUGCAUUAUUAUUAUUAUUAUUAUUAUAUAUUAUUUUCACAAUUUAUAACGUCAUUGUGGUCAUGUGUAUGUGAUAUUGUUGUUGAGACUUUGAGGGGCAUCGUUAUUUCGUUUGCCUUGGCUUGAUGAUGUCAAUAAGGUUCGAGGUGAUCUUGUUGUUGUCAGUAAAAUUUACUACAUUGUUA